UGUCAGUGUCAAAUCUGUCAUCAUUGUUGUAUCGUUUCGUAUCUUGUACGUAUUUCAUUUUAAUUUACAUCGGCCGCAAUUUUAGUCCAAAGUUCCAAACUCCAAACUCGCGAGAGCGAUCAAGGAAGUCGGCCGUUGUUAAUAUAAAUUAUUAUAGUGUUGUCGUCAAGUCGAUAAAAAAAUGAGUUUAGUCGCCAAUACUGGAAAGCUAGCGGGUCGUACGCUGUUUAUUACUGGUGCUUCCCGUGGUAUUGGGAAAGCGAUAGCCCUAAAAGCAGCCAAGGAUGGAGCAAAUGUUGUGGUCGCAGCUAAAACUGCCGAACCCCAUCCUAAACUGCCUGGAACCAUUUAUUCCGCUGCCGAAGAGAUUGAAGCUCUUGGCGGUAAAGCACUGCCAGUUAUUGUAGAUGUAAGAGACGAAAAACAAGUACAGAAAGCAGUCGAUGAGGCUGUUAAAAAGUUCAAUGGAAUCGACAUAUUAGUGAACAAUGCGUCGGCCAUCUCUCUCACGGGCACCGCCCAGACGGACAUGAAGAGAUACGACCUCAUGCACAACAUCAACACGAGAGGAACUUUCUUGGUAUCCAAGCUAUGCCUGCCAUUGCUGAAGUCAAGCAACCACGCACACAUCCUCAACUUAUCUCCACCCCUCAACAUGAACCCGUAUUGGUUCUCAGUCCACGUGGCGUACACGAUGGCCAAGUACGGCAUGUCGAUGUGCGUGCUCGGCAUGAGCGAGGAGUUCAAGCCCUACAACAUCGGCGUCAACGCGCUCUGGCCCAAGACUGCCAUCGCGACAGCUGCUAUUGAGAUGCUGACCGGUGACACUUCGACCAGCCGCAAGCCUGAGAUCGUCUCAGACGCUGCCUACUUCAUGCUGUGCAAGGAUCCUAAAACAUACACUGGAGUAUUUGCCAUCGACGAGGACGUCGUAAAGGAAGCAGGAGUCAAAGACAUGACCCCGUACGCCUGUGAUCCCAAGAACGCAGAUAACCUGCUAUUGGACGGUUUCCUUGACGACCCACAAGCGCUCGCCGCCCACAACAAUGUUACACUCCAGGCCCAGUCGGUCCGGCGGUACCAUACCUCCGCCAGGCUUUGCAAGGAGGAAAAGACUGACGCGCCAGCAUCUAGCGGCCAAAUUCCGCAGCUGUUUGCUUCCAUCAGCAAGACAUUGUCGGCUGAACUCGUGCAGAAGACGCAAGCUGUGUACCAGUUUAACGUUAAAGGCAAAGAGGAAGGCGUAUGGCACUUGGACCUCAAGAACGGAGAAGGUGCAUGCGGACAGGGCGAGCCCAAGAACGCUCCAGAUGCCACGCUCACUAUGGACAGCAAGAACUUCACAGAGAUGUUCGCCGGUAAACUGAAGCCUGCGACCGCCUUCAUGAUGGGAAAACUUAAGAUCAGCGGAGACCUGCAGAAGGCCAUGAAGCUAGAAAAGAUGAUGAAGUCGCUGAAAGCCAAAGCAUAAUGAACUCACCAAUACAGUAUUCAAAUGACUAGUUUUUCGAUUCAACUAAAGCUGUGUG